GUGCGACAGCUAGCAUCCAUGGGUGGUGUUUCCCGAUAUCCCACGCCGAUACCAGCUUGAUUAACCCACAUUAGCCCUCAUUCUGAGCACAGUCGGGAGCCCCAACGACGUCGUCUUUGUCAUUGCCCGUCUCCACAUGCGCCGCACGGCCAAUUGGCUCAACUCGCCUGCGCGCCUCAUCCCGUCUGCUGGACCUUUUCAAGAGCACCAGCGAUCGAUUACCAGGACCAGACUGCCACCGCAGCGAGCACCUGCAGUGUCGCGCCGAGGCUGGGGCAAAUCCUAGAGCCCAUGUACCUUGGGACCCACCUGACUGCUCCCGAGUCACCCUCAACUGAGCUAUCUGUGGCGCGAUAAAAAGCCUCGCGCCGCUGCUGCGCGCUGUCGCCUACGGUGCCGUCUCCGCAGAACGCACAACUUCAUACUGAACGGCUACCACCCGUCUCUUCAUCGGCGCCUCCCUGUCGCCCGAUAUCCAUUGGAACAAGGCGGCUCCCCAAGGCCUCGGUGCACUACCCCCUUGCCAAGCCGCCGCAGUCAGUCGACUGGGCAAGAGAAGGCCACAGCACGGGUUUGCACCGCUCCGACUCUCGCUCGCGGAGAGCAGCGGCGGCAGCCUGCCUAUGCGCUCGACCCACAUAACCUGCAGACCGCGGAACCCCGAGUGCCCGGCUAUCCGCCCUGAGAAGCCACUUACUUUGCAUCUCCCGAGGCCCAUCUCAAGCACAGCAGCCUCUGUCUACAUUUCUGCCCAGGUAGGCAGAUAAGUAUAGAUACUUGCAAGACACUGGUUGCUCUUGCAUCAACCAUUCCCACGCCUGCAAGCCCGCUUCGGCGUUUGACAGCCAUGGCCGAGACCAUGUCACUCCCCGCGACGCAGGUUAGCGGCCAGCCUACCUCCUCCGGGAUCCGGAAGAAGUUCGCAACACCCCCUGUCAAGAUCGCUUGCCUAGCAUGCCGAGCUUCACGGACUCGAUGCGAUGGAGGCCACCCGUGCUCUAGCUGCCAAUCAAAAGCCCGAGAAUGUGUCUACAAACCAAGCAAGCGGGGUGGCGCCCGCGUGCGCAGAAAGCCAAGGCCCGAGAACGAUGAGCUCAAGGGGCAGAUGAUUCCUUCAGAGCCCGCCGAGGUUUUGCAAGAACCGAUAGCUAUCCAGAACUACAUUGACCCAGGCGCUGGGCUGAAGCAGUUGGGCGACUGGUAUCAGGACAGCGACUUCAUCUUUGACAGCCUCUUUAUGAGUGGCCUACAAACUGACUACCUCGAUACCAACGCCACCAUGAGUGUUGUCGAAACCCCGGCCCCCGCCCCAGUGCAGCCGAUCCCUAUGGUGCGCACCUACAGGGACGACGGCGCAAUCUUAGAGGCAUACUACAUCUUCAUCCAUCCCUACUUCCCUAUACUCCCGCCUCCCAGUGGCAUACCCCUGGACAACUUCGUGCCGCGCUUGCAGAACCACCAGCCGAACGAGUUCGACGAAUGUGGCGACUACGAGCCGACGUCUCCAAUCGCACUAGCCGUCUCGGCCGUGCUGGCCCUGAUACCCUGCGCCAACGACUCCAAUCACGCCGCCCACGAGUCAGUACUCUUUCGCCGGGGCUAUGCGCAGUUCCUGGCCCAGGCGGCCGUCGAGACCAUCGAGGCCGAGUCCGAGAUCCCCGAAUCUUCUACCCUUCCGCAAUCUGUUUUGUCGUCAGAGCAGAGCUUCUCGCAGGACGACUUCUCCGACAGGCCGCCGUUCCAUCCAGGACUGCCUCGCCAGCUUGAGAGUAUCGUAGCUCUCAACAUCCUGAGCGUCUACGAGUAUGCCCAGCGGGGCAAUCUGAAGAAGAUGCAGAGCCGUGCUGGACAGGCUCUGGUCAAUUCCAUGGCGCUUGCCAUCCACGAAAACACGGAGGAAGACGCAUUCACAGAGGCAAGGCGAAGAGUUUGGUGGAUGACUUACAUGUGUGUCUGCCAAGGGGCCAUUGUGAGCAAUGUGCAACCCACAUUUGCCGCCUUCUCGCCAAGCUUCACAGCCAAGUUCCCUUCAGUCCAGGCUGAUCCAGAGGCCUUUGCAGCGUACAUCACGGCCCAGCAGGCCAUCCUGACCGCGACCGAGUUUGUUAUCGACCUCAACAAAACGAUGAAAGCGAACGGCGACAUGAAUAGGGUUUACAACAAGAUGGUCGAGCUCGAGGCUAGGCUUGAGCCAUUACUGGCCAAGUCCGAAACGUGGGACCUGACAUCACCAGUCACGCUGACUAUCGAGCCGAGCGAAGAAGUAGUUGGUCGCUCACUAAGAUGUAUGGCUCGAAUAAAACUGAACAGCGCCCGGAUAAAGCUCCACCGAUACUGCGCCUUUUUUGACAUACCUGUUUUUGCGGCCAAGCACUGCGAUCUCAAGAGCAAGGAUUCACUCGCCGAGGAGCUGGACCAGGAGCUGCGACAGCUGUCGAGUUGCACUUGCUCCCUGUUCACAUCCCCACCGGCAACGGGCGGGUCAUCAUCCUCCACAUCGAGCGGCGGUGGCGGUGGCGGUGGCGGUAGCGGCGGCAGCGGGAGCAGAAGCCACCACUCGUCCUCUUCUCCCCGGUCGGACGGAGGGGCCAGUGGCAGCGUCACCAGCAACACGACCACUGCUUCCUCCACAACGGCUACGCCCUUUACGUUGUUCCCGUUCAGCAGCCAUACUUCGGCCAAGAUCUGUCUACGAUCUGCGCUCAACAUUGCAAGCGACUUCGACACCUUGCCGUACCCGAACCCCUCGGCCAUGGCCGCCCCGCCCUUUGGCUUGGCCGAUGGGGCCAUGGUAGCGGGCGAUAGUAACGUGGCUAAUGGGAGUGUUAGCAACCGACUGGGGGGUGGUGCCACCAAUGGGAGUCACGGCGCCGGCGCCCCCGUCGUCCCAUGGCUCCUGUCACCAACAUCGACCAUCCCGGCACCACGCACCAUGCCCUCCUUCGCGUGCUGCGCCAUGCAGUGCGCUUACGCGCUACUGAUGGUGCGUCAGAAGACCAAGACACUGAACACGUACCAGCAGCAGCAACAGACGGCAUACAUCAGCAACAGCGGGGCAGAUGGCCUCGACGGUAGUGGAGCUGGAGGGGCCCCUGUGGCGGUACCAGCGGGGAGCGGCGGGCAGCAGCCGCCUGGCCUGGUCGGCAACCUGGUCACCCGACUGAACCAGGGGUUGAUGAGCAUCCUAGGCACGUUGGACAACUACGCGGUGGCGUCCGAGGCCCUGGGCGGCAUGAGAGAUCAAAUACGCAACAACGCCAUGGGCAUGGACGAAUGAGAAAUGGGAAAAUAUCGGGAUUCCGCUUGCCUGCUGGCAGGCCUGCAACGACCCGCCUCGGCCUUUGCGACAUGAUGCCCUGAUUGCGCCCAUCGCGGGCCGGGCUCAGGGGCGGGAGGGAAUGCCGGAAUUCGGGAUAUGCUUUAUGGCGUGGUGUGCGGCGCCGCGAAAUCUUGGCCGGCUCCAGUCAUGGCUUUUGCCGCACAUGCGGGGUUUGAACUUGACAAAUGCCAGAACCCCUGAACCCUCUCCGGAGGUGAUUUUGUCAGCUCACGCGAUACUGUAGAAGAGAAGAAGGAAGACAAGGAUGGAACGGAGAACAAACGACAAAGACGACGUGACUUGGUGCCGGAUCGCAAAACCAAACCCCGACGGCAGAUUGGGUCCAACCGACCUAGGUCGCUGCAACAUCAGAUCCCAAUCCCCACGUGAUGCAUUCCUCCCUCUUCCGCCCCGGGGACACCGUACAAGCAGUAUGGACUAGCCAUACUCAAGCGCCCGGGGUCCAGUGGCUUUGCCGCCUUGAGUAACUGAAAGGGGUUGUUUACUUGAGGUCUUAUCUACCAGCGCGGUGAAGAAGGGACUGGUGGGGAGUAACGAAGAUGUCGUCGUUUCAUACAAGUUCUCGUUAUAAUCUCUCCGUAUGCUGGAUGAUAUACCCCGGGACUACAUGUGCGAUAAAUGUGUUAUAACAACUAAAAAGAAAAUGCUUCCAUCGUCUGCCACA